CGCCUGGACGAGUCAGGUGGAGCCUGGAGAAGUUUGUGGGAAAAAGCCCAAUAAAAGCUCUUCCACUCUAGUUAACACUUAGGGGAUCUGAAGUUUUAGCCAAAAGCAUUCUUCCAAGUUAGCUGGGAUGAGGAACAGGCCAACGAGGCACGCCAGUCAGCUAGCCGGUGUGCCAAACGCUGGCCGGCGGCCUUCGGGUGGGCACGGUCAUUGGAGCCACGGUGCUGUACGCAAGUCACAGCUGUUCAGGGCCCUUACAUUCACAUCUCGGAAAGGUGUUCCUUGACUGUUGCCACCAGGAUAAAUAAAGGCUCGCUCUGCAGACCUGACCGUGAGGCCCCCAGAUAUGCAGCUGGCAGACUUCAGAUCCCAUGAUGAUGCCAUUUGGUCAGUCGCUUGGGGGACAAACAAGAAAGAAAACUCUGAGACCGUGGUCACGGGAUCCCUGGACGACUUAGUGAAGGUCUGGAAAUGGUGUGAUGAGAGGCUGGACCUACAGUGGAGUCUGGAGGGACAUCAACUGGGUGUGGUGUCCGUGGACAUCAGCCACACGCUGCCCAUUGCUGCAUCCAGUUCUCUUGAUGCUCACAUUCGCCUCUGGGACUUGGAAAAUGGCAAACAGAUAAAGUCUAUAGAUGCAGGACCUGUGGAUGCCUGGACUUUGGCCUUUUCCCCUGAUUCCCAGUAUCUGGCCACAGGAACUCAUGUGGGGAAAGUGAACAUUUUUGGUGUGGAAAGUGGGAAAAAGGAAUAUUCUUUGGACACGAGAGGAAAAUUCAUUCUUAGUAUUGCAUAUAGUCCUGAUGGGAAGUAUCUGGCCAGUGGAGCCAUAGACGGCAUCAUCAAUAUCUUUGACAUCGCGACUGGAAAGCUCCUGCACACGCUGGAAGGCCACGCCAUGCCCAUCCGCUCCUUGACCUUCUCCCCGGAUUCUCAGCUGCUGGUCACUGCCUCAGAUGACGGCUACAUCAAGAUCUAUGACGUACAACACGCCAACUUGGCUGGUACACUGAGUGGCCAUGCAUCGUGGGUGCUGAAUGUCGCAUUCUGUCCUGAUGACACGCACUUUGUUUCCAGUUCGUCUGACAAAAGUGUGAAAGUUUGGGAUGUUGGAACGAGGACUUGUGUUCACACCUUCUUCGAUCACCAGGAUCAGGUCUGGGGAGUAAAAUACAAUGGAAAUGGCUCAAAAAUUGUGUCUGUCGGCGACGACCAGGAAAUUCACAUCUAUGAUUGCCCGGUGUAAACACCAGUCUCCCAGGCCAGUGCUGCAAAGAGGAUGUAUACACUGAUCAUGACAUUCCUUACCUUUCUAGCUUAACAAAAUAGAGCAUUUAUUGUAGCAGAAACUUAAAUUUUGUAGAUAAAUAUAAAUCUUUACAUGUUUUAUUGGA